AUGGCACAACAUUUCUCUGUUACCUCUCUAUCGCUUCUGAUACUAGUUGUUGUUCUCCCAUUGGGAUGCUACUCAUCACGCUCACGCAGCUUCCGGGUCAGCAUAUCACGCGUGGGCGGCGACAAACAUCUCAGCGACGUAGAAUUCAUCCAACAAGAAGUCCUCCGUGGGAAAAUGCGGCUUAACAGGCUGAGGACUUCUUUAACAAGUGGCGGAGCUUUUCAAGCUCCUGUUUUUGGUGGGGACGGAACCUUCUUCAUGAACUUGUCGAUUGGGACCCCGGCGAUACCUUUCCGCGCCAUAAUGGACACGGGUAGCGACUUGAUUUGGACGCAAUGCAAGCCAUGCAAGCUGUGUUUCAGGCAACCAACUCCAGUUUUCGACCCGGCACUGUCGUCUUCCUUUCACAAUGUUUCGUGCAAUAGUACGUUGUGUAAGGGGUUUAUUAACUCCAAGUGUAGGAAUGGUUGUCAUUACACGAAUGUUUAUGGAGACGAAUCGUCCACAGAAGGAUUUCUGGCGACCGACACUUUCACUUUCGGAGAUUCUCAGCACAAGGUUUCCGUGCCAAAUUUGGGGUUUGGGUGUGGCGUGGACAACCAGGGCGUGGGGCUGGAAAAUGCUGCGGGGAUAGUGGGACUCGCGCGUGGACCUUCUUCCCUUGUUUCCCAGCUUGGUGUGCAGACAUUCUCGUACUGUUUAACGCCAAUCAGUGACAAAAAGAAAAGCACUCUUCUCUUUGGGUCUCUAGCGGAUAUGAAUCUCACUCUCCCACAUGGGGCGCCAGUCAAUGCCACCCCAUUGAUCAAAAACCCAUCGCAGCCAUUGUUUUACUACCUAUCUCUUGAAGGAAUCAGUGUUGGCAAUGAUCUCUUGCGCAUACCAAGACAAGUGUUCCAAAUAGUCGAUGGAGGGGGCGGCGUGAUCAUUGAUUCCGGAACCACAAUCACUAGUUUACAAGAGGAUGCGUAUAAUAUUCUAACGCAAGAGUUUAUUGCGCAAUCGAAGCUAAAGGUCUCGAAUUUCGCCACAAUGGGUUUGGACGUUUGCUUUGAAGUGCGGUCGGGAGACGCUAAGGAACUUAAGGCUGGCGUCCCUAGGCUGGUUUUUCAUUUCACUGGGUUAGAUUUGGAGUUACCAAGAGAGAAUUAUAUGAUAGUGAAUAAGGGAAUCGGAGUGGCGUGCUUGGCAAUGGCGCCGACGGGUAGUCUGUCAAUAUUCGGCAACUUUCAGCAGCAAAAUAUGAUGGUUGUUCAUGAUCUCGUAAAGGAUACUUUGUCCUUUAUUCCUGCCAAAUGCGAUAAGCUGUAG